CCGUUUCACGCUCUCCACGAGCUUAACCAAGUCACCACACAACAACAACCCAAUGAAACGAUCGUUUCCAAACGUCUUGGGCCAUCGCUCGCUCAGCUCUUCCCCGUGGUGGGCAACAGAUCGAGAUUUCCUGCACACUGAACACUUCAGCAUCGACGCAGCAAACGACUUCGGAUCUGCUACAUACUUCGACACACUGCUGGACAACGACAACGACGCAGAAACAGACAACGAUCAGUGGAUACAUUCGAGUCGAGACAACGGAUUUGUGCGAGUUUACCGUCCGGACUUGCAGCAGUCGAGGCUGUUGCGCUGCAGUGUGCAGACUGCUGCUGAGCAGCUUGUUAGGAGGCUUGGAGUCGGACCUUUGUAUGUGCAGUCUAAUGCGUAUAUGACGCGCAAACUGGCGCCGUCCGAGUGUCCGCUCAAGCUGCAGAACGAGCAUCUGCGCUUGUUGGGGUAUGAUGAUGAUGAAAGGAUACAGGACGAGGGAAAGAGAUCGGAGAUUGGUCACUUCAUACGAUUUAUUGUUGGCAAACUUCCAUCAUCUGAGGCGUUGGAUCGAGUUGAAUUAUCGUCAGUCGUUUAUGUGAAGGAGCUUGGUACAUUUAGUCGUUGGAACCGACGUUUGUGCAUUCUAAUAGGAACAAGGUUGCUCAUCUUCCCGUCAACUUCAGAUAAAGGUCGACCUCAUAUCUUUCAUCUCGCAAACGGUUCAGUGCAAGAACUGAGACACCGGAAGAGACAGCAAUGUUUGCUGCUCACGUGUGCUGCACCAAGCAAGAAAAUAUUACUGUCAUUGGGAUCAUGGCAUGAUUACACACGCUGGCUUAAACAAUGCCAAAAAGCUAUUCAGCGUUUACCUAAUGAGGCAGAUCUCACGUGUUGCAGUCUUGAGUGCAUUCCUGAGCAUCUCUUUUCUAUUUCUAAUCUUAGCGUCCUCAACUUGUGUCGCAACUUUAUGAAGGAAAGGCCUCUACUUGAUGAGCAAAGAGUUGGCUACAUCAAUGAUCUCAACCGCUUUUCUAACCUACGAACCUUGCAAUUGGCUGACAACAAUCUUGAAACUUUUCCUCUCACCAUCUAUUACAUCGUGUCUCUUACAGACUUGAAUGUUUCAAAGAAUCGGCUGAAAGAAUUACCAGCAGGAAUUGGAGAACUCCAAAGAUUGCAAACACUUCAGCUGCAUACAAAUAUGAUCAGCAAUCUACCAGACGAUAUUGCUCAACUCAAACGUCUCACAACUCUUAUGAUUGCAUUCAACAACUUUUCCGAACUCCCAGCAGUCGUCUUCCAAUUGAAACAUUUACAAAUUCUCAUUGCAACAGGAAACAACAUUAGUCAAAUUUCUGAUGAUGUGAAGCUUCUUCGUUCUCUUCAACAACUGGAUUUACGUUUGAAUUAUGUGACAUCUCUACCAGUUGAUAGUUUAAUGCGUCUCAAAUCACUCAGCUUGCUUGACAUGCGAGACAACUGUUUAACAUCGCUGGAAUCAUCGAAACUAAAUACAAUUCAACUGCUGCAUGUUGGUAAUAAUCAACUGAGAGUUCUAGUGUUGAAUGGAGGAGAAAUGAAAUAUGUUGUUGCACCAUCAAAUCAACUCAUAUCAUUUCAAAUGCCAAUGAACUGCUUUAAUCUUGUGCAGUUGGUUGUCUCUCGAAAUUCGUUGACAAUGCUGCCAGAAGAAUUGUGUGAUUUACCUUGUCUGGAGCUUAUUGAUGCAAGCCACAAUGAACUGGGUCAUCUUCCAGUGAGAAUUUUUUGGAAUAUGACCAAGUUGCAUACACUUUAUGUUGAUCACAAUAAGCUCACGCAACUGUCAGACAGAAUUGAUAAGUGUCAGAUUGAGGUGUUGAGCGUGCAAUACAAUCGGCUGACUUUGUUACCGCCGUCACUGCUUCUGCGAUUUUACAAACUACGUUAUUUCAAUGCCAGUACAAACUUGCUGAUGUCUAUCCCUGUUAUGGGCGCAAGGGAUGUCAUCUACAAUAUUGAGGAACUCUAUCUGUCAUGUAACGGACUCAAAGACUCAGCGAUGUUGAAUGUAGUCAGAUACAAGAAACUUCGCAUUUUUCACAUUGCAUUCAAUCGUAUCAAGAACAUUCAAGCGAAGACUAUUUCUGGUUUCACUCAAUUGGAAGAGUUGAAUGUUGCUGGAAAUCUUGUGAAGUCUCUCCCUGAUUGUUUCAACAUGCUGCCACGGUUACACACACUUGUUGCACACACCAAUUUAUUGACUUCUUUACCAGAUUUUUCUCAAGCGAAGUCGCUGAAAUUUCUUGAUGUUGGAUGCAACAAGUUGUCUGCAGUUGAAAAUGCACCUGCAAGCAUCAGUCAUUGCCAUUAUGUUGACUUAUCUGGCAAUCACAAUUUGGUGUUGGAUCAUAACCUGAUAUCAGCUCUAAAAAAUGUGAAACAAGUUUUGCUGGAGGGUGUACCUAUCGGCGAUGAAACUGUUCACUUGCUAUCAACACAAACUCACUACGGUGGCACACCGGUACACAGGAGAUGGACGCAUGGCUCAGCAGAGUAUAGAGGAAACAGACCAAAGUUGGCUGGAGCUCAGGUCAAAGUUGCCGAUUUCGGUCAUCUACAUGAUGGAUUGUAUGCUGUGUUUGAUGGUGGCAUGAGCCCCGAGUCAUCGACCAGUCUUGCCAAAACAUUCAGCUUGGUCUUGAUUGAAGAGCUAAAUCAGCAGAAGCAAGACAGUAAUCCGGGUGACUACAUGAAACAAACCUUCUUGUCAGCACACAAGCUGCUCCGUAUGCACGGAAGGAGAACUGGAGCUGCAGCAGCUGCAUGUCAUAUUCGCACUGUUGAGGUUGAGGGUAGUUCUUCUCGUGGGUAUCUUCUCACUGUUGGUAAUGUGGGGCAUACGGAAGUCUUGCUGUGUCGUGAGGGUCAGGUACAUGUUGUUACGACUAAGCACACUACAUCCAGCAAUGUCAGCGAACAAAAGAGGAUUAGAGAAAGAGGCGGUUUCAUCACAGAGGUAGUAGUAGGUCAUAGUGUGUAUCGGGUCUGGUGUACACUUGUUAUUGCUGUUUGUGUAUGGUCUGUCUGUCUGUCUGUCUGUCUGCCUCUUGUCUGUUUAGAUGCUCAUGCUGUUACUUGCCUAUCUGUCAUUCUUGUUUUCUGUCUGUCUCUUGAUAUGUCCAUAUGCCUGUCUGUGUAUGUCCAUAUGUCUGUCUGUGUAUGUCCAUACGCCUGUCUGUGUAUGUCCAUAUGUCUGUCUGUGUAUGUCCAUAUGUCUGUCUGUCUAUGUCCAUAUGUCUGUCUGUGUAUGUCCAUAUGUCUGUCUCUCAGUCCAUCAGUUUAUCCCCAGUCUAUGAGAGGACUGUUGUCAUGUCGACUGCUUGUCCUUCAGGAUAACAAAGUGAAUGGAUUGUCAGUUGCAACUCGGUUGUUGGGCUGCAAUUACUUGAGCCCAUGGGUCGUUCCAUGUCCGUCUGUUGUAACAAUUCCUUUAACACCACAAGAUGAAUUUCUCAUCCUUGGUUGUGGAGGCCUAUGGCGCUACGUUAGUUACAACCAAGCUGCUGCUGAGGUACGAAAACAGCUCGACCCUAUCGUAGCUGCGAAACGCCUGCGUGACCUGGCACGCUCGUAUGGCUCUUCUGCCAACAUCAGUGUCAUCAUAGUUCGAUUCAACCUUCAAGGGAUUGCUCUAGCUUCAAUUGAGCCUCAAUAUCGGGUCACUCUCUCUCCUCCUCGCAAACCUCGAUAUCGUUGGUCAAUGAUCGGUCUCAACAAUCUCACAUCUGGUGACAGCAUUAGCGAAUUGAACGAUGUCAGUAGCCUUUCUCGUUUGCACUCUGCGAGUUAUGAAUGGACAGCAAGUCGUGGUAGCAGUGCUACUGAGUUAGGAGGCAUACGUCAUGCACGGACUCUUCCUAGAAGAGACAGCAGUCUGAGAAGAGAGCGACAAAAUCAGUUUGUCCGACAGGCAGUGCUUGAAAAAGAUAGCGAAUCAGAAGAGAAUGAUGAAGCAAAUGAGACACACGAGACACUGUUGACUACAGUGGCAACCGACACAGAUAGAGACCCUUUUGGAGAUGAAGGUGCUGUUGACCAUGCAGACAACACUAACCGUUUUUCUCUAACAUUUGUUCCAAACACAACGAAUCCUUUCGCCAAGCGAACAAGCCUGACUUUCGACGCAAACAGUGAAGGAUCCAAAUUUCAGUUUACAACCUUUGAUAUGGAUGACGAACGUAAUCAAGGAUGGACAACAACAGAGACGGAACUGACGAACACAUUAGCAGAACUUAAAGAGCUACAAACCAACGCGAUGCACGAAGACACGCGACCUAGAUCCGCAUCAGUCACCGUCAUGCAGCAUCAGCAUCAGCAGCACAACCUUAUGAAACCAGGUGAAUUGUUGACAGUGAGUGAAACAAACUCUAGUGUCCACAUUCCAGAACUGGAUGAAUUGGAUAGGACACUAUCAAUGAUAGGAAGAGAAGUUAGUGAUGAAGACUAAUACAAU